AUGUGGAGCAUGAAUGUACCAGCUGCUACAAAGCUGUUUAUGUGGAGAGCUGUGAGUGAUUUAUUGCCCACAAGGAAAAAUCUCUUGAAGAAAAAGAUUGUAGAAGAUCCCUUGUGCCCAAUCUGUAACUCGAAUGAAGAAACAAUAUCUCAUGUAAUGUGGUCUUGCCCUGCAACAGUUGAUGUAUGGGGGGAUACAAGGAGCCCGAUAAGUAAGUGGCCUUCUGGUGAUUGUAAUUUUGAACAAAAAUGGUUGGAUUUGUGCAGAGUUAUGGAUCAGGAAAGCAUUGAGAAGGUGGCUGUAAUAAUGAGGGGUAUUUGGUAUAGAAGAAAUAAAUAUGUUUUUGAAAACAAAUUUUGGAGGCCUGGUAAUGUAGUGCAGAUGGCAGUUACGGGGUUAGAGGACUAUUACUCAGUAAAUGAGAAAAAAACUGGUUUGAACAAGGGGAAGGGAGAGGACAGAGGAAAAAGUCAUUGGAGAUGCCCUGUUGAUGUAGAUUUCAAAGUAAAUUUUGAUGGAGCCUUUGACCAGAGUAGCUCAAAGAUUGGAAUGGGGGUGGUAAUAAGAGAUAAGAAGGGGGAGGUUGUUGCUGCUUUGAGUGCUUCACGAAGGGAAGGCCAAAAUGCCUUUGUGGCAGAGGGUAUGGCAUUAUGGAGAGCAAUGGAACUCUGCUUAGAGAUUGGCAUGGUGGAUGUGGAGUUUGAAGGAGACUCAAAAGAAUUGAUUGAAGCUGUGAUGUCAGAUGAAGAAGAGGAUUCCAGAUGGGGACAUAUUGUUGAAGAUAUAAAACAACUAAGGCAUCAGUACAACAACUGGAAGGUGGUCUUCAAUUAUAGGGAAAGUAACGAAGUAGCUCACAACUUGGCAAAAAUGGCACUUUUGAUUGAUGAGGAAUUAGUUUGGAUAGAAGAAGUACCAAGCUCGAUACAUCAGUAUAUUGUAAAGGACAAUCUUUGUAACGAUUUACAGUAA